AUGUGCUUGAACUUGGAAGCCGACAACGUCGGUGUCUCCAUCUUCGGUAACGAUCGUCUCAUCAAGGAGGGUGACACCGUCAAGCGUACCGGCCAGAUCGUCGACGUCCCCGUCGGCCCUGCUCUCCUCGGUCGUGUUGUUGACGCCCUCGGCAACCCCAUCGACGGUAAGGGCCCCAUUGAGGCCACCCAGCGUAGCCGUGUCUCGCUCAAGGCGCCCGGCGUUCUCCCUCGUCGCUCGGUGAACCAGCCCAUGAUGACUGGUAUCAAGCCCAUCGACGCCAUGGUGCCCAUUGGUCGUGGUCAGCGU